AUGAGCAUAGAACAGCUUGAGGCAGAGGCUGGGAGGACAGACCUUCGGCCUAAUGGUUUUAAGAGAAGUUCUUGGCUAAGUGGCACUAGACGCAGGAAAGGUGGAAAUCCCAAGAAGCAGCAACGGUUGCUUCCCAGCGAGGAUGAGGUGAGGGAGGCUGCGACUGAUUGGUCAACGCUUGGGGCCACUUUGCGACGAGCCCUUCUCGUGGGAGGGAAUGGCGGGGGCGACAGAGGGGGGUCGGGAGCAGGGGUAGUGCAAACAGGAGCAGCAGUUGCAGGAGACGCGCUGGCAGGAGCAGCGGCAGCAGGAGCAGCGCCGUCACAUGUUUGGAGCUUCUGUGAAGGGCUGGGAGGAGCUGAAGGAGGAACAGGUUUGGCCGAGGAUGAGGAACGGAUGGUGCAGCAGGAGCAACAGUCUGAAGUCCCAAAGGAGCAGGUGAAGCAGGCGUUAUACCUACCUCUUCAGCAGCAGCUGCUGCAGCAGCAAGAGGAGCAGCAGCUUCAGGUGGAGCAGCAGCAGGAGCAGCAGCAGCAGCAGCAGCAGCAGUUUCCUGCGUUACCUGCCAGCAGAGUGCCAGGCUUUGGAGGGCUGUGGAGGCGAGGGUGGCUUGGCGGCAGUCCCAAGGUGAUGGACUAUGAGUGCCGAUUCUGCGGCAAGGGAUUUGAUUCUCCUCGGGCGCUUGGAGGGCACAUGAAUCUGCACAGGAAGGAGCGCAAGCUAGAAGACGAGUUUUUGCAAGAGGCCGCGGCGCAAGCCAGGCAUCCACGCCUCCCUUCCUCCACGGACCCCUUUCUCUCCACCCUCUCCCCAGAGGUCCUCCAGUCUCUCUUCCUCAGCUCAUGCCCCCCUGAAACAGCCGCUGCUGGCCCUGUAACUCCUCGUUCGGUUACUACAGCAUCCUCCUUCGCACCUGCUCAUCCUGCUUCUGUUCCUCACUCGCUUCCACCCUUGCCUGCUACUUCUGUACCACUCGUAACCAAGCCACCGGUUACCAUACCGUCAGUAAACAUAUCGCCGGUUGCCACCUUUUCUCAGCACCAGUCCCAUCUUGCCCCACCUGCACCCACUAGUCAGCUGGAAGCAAUACCACCUGAAUUGUUGGCGGCGUGGGUUACUUCUUCUGUAUUCCCAGAUGGCGUUACAUCUGGCACUACAGCUGGGCCGCCAGUGUCCUCCCCGCCUGUAGCAGCAGGCGAGCAGGAGAAGGAGAGUCCAGAGCUCAUGGAGAGAACUGGCGGGGAUGAUGUGUCAUGGUUGCUACCACAUAGGCGGCAGCUUGACCUGCAACAGCAGCAGCAGCAACAACAACAGCAGCAGCAGCAGCAGCAACAGCAGCAGCAUGAGCAGCAGCAACAGCAGCAGCAGCACGAGGAGGAGGAGUUGUUGAGUCAGCUGUUGGCACUGGCAGAGCAGCACGCACAGCCAGGCAUGGGUGGGGUGUUCGAGCAUCAGGGGAAGACAGGGCCUCUGCAAGGGGGUAGCAGUCAAGCAGAAGCAUGUUUGGUGCCACUGAAUGUUGGCCAGGGAGCCGUGAGAGGAGUGGGAGGGAUGGGAGGAGUGGGUGGAGUGGGAGGAGGAGAGGGGACGUUGCAUGGUCUCAGUGCUUUGGAUUGGCUGCCUGCAGCCUCGCGCCUCCUUGGCCUCACCAAGCCUGCUGAGGCGAUGCCUGCAGUGGCUAUUCCUGAUGUGACUAUGCCAGCUGCGACUAUUCCUGUUAGGCCUCCGGUGCUUGUUGGGUCUGCCGUUUCAACUCCUGCUGCCACUGCUCCCGUGGUCACUCCACAGCAGCAGCAGCAGCAGCAGCAGCAACAGCCAUGGACCACCGGGUUCGCCCUUGGCGGCCAGCAACAGUCGCAGCAACCUCUGAGUUCUCGGCCUGUCAUGAGGCAGCAGCAGCAGGUUGGGGCUCUGCCAGGGCGGCCAUUGCAAGGAGAGGCUGCAGGAAGGAGCGAGGAGGAUGAGCUGGCACAGCUGGAACAGCUUCGCCAGUUGUUGCUCUUACAGGAUCAGCCUAUAAGGGAUCAACCAGGGAAGGAGGGGCUUCAGUUGAAGAGGCAGGGGUUGGUGGGGAUGAAAGGAGGUGAGUGGUGCGGUGAUUUGAGCCAGCAGGUGGAGAGAGAGGUGGUAGCCGAGCGUGAGAGACAGUGCCGUUCAGAGGAAUAG